CGUGCGCGUGGCAUUGAAGCUCCGGCACCGGCCGUGCGCCGACGAUCCGGUCCUCGCGCGGUGCGGCGGCGUCGAGCUCCAGUUCUUGUUGCCCCCCGGCCGCAGCACCGAUCGGGAUGGCUCUGCUAGCGACGGAGCAGGGGGCCAGCCCCGCCGUCGUCGAUCCCGCCGACCCGCUUGAUCCCGGCGACACGGAGGAGAUCGCGGCGUUGGCCUGCCCUCCCGACGACGCCCUCGUGGGCAUCCUCUCGCGCGUCCCGGCCAAGUCCCUCUGCCGGUUCAAGUGCGUCUCCAAGGCCUGGUGCGACCUCAUCGCGGACCGCCUCCGCUGCAGGAAGCUCCCCCAGGCCCUGGAAGGCUUCUUCUACUUCGGCGACGGCGACAUGGGUAGCAGCGAUGGCAACGGGGACGGCAGCAACAGCAAGAACCUGACCCACCGCGGCCACGGGCAGUUCGUCAACCUGCUGGGUAUGUCCGUGCCUCUCUUCGACUGCUCUUUCUCCUUCCUGCUGCAGCAUCCCGGCGUUGAGACCAUCAGGCUCGUGCGCUCCUGCAAUGGACUCUUCCUCUUUGGGCACAGACGGCUGCAGUCAGACAUAUACAAUUCAAUGGGCUACAUCGUGUGCAACCCUGCCACCGAGCAAUGGGUGGCCGUGCCCAGCUCCGGCUGGACGCCCUCUCCGCCGGAGGGGGGCUUCGUUCCAAUGCACCGGCUGUACACCUAUUUGAUCUUUGACCCAGUUGUCUCCCCGGACUUUCAGUUCGUCCAGUUCUGGCAGGAAUACAAUUUUUGGGGUGUGGCAGGGCUGCACACCUACUCGUCUGAAACUGGGGUGUGGAGAGACAGGGCUAGUGAAUGGAAGCUAACGGAAAUGGGAGGUGAAUGGGGGCGGUGGGGUAGGACUGGAAGCAUGGAUCCCUGCCCGGGCAGCGCAUUUGUUAAUGGCAUGGUGCACUUUGCAGUCUACAAUAAUGAGAAACACCAUGAGAUGAUUGUUACAGUUGAUGGGGAAGGGAAGAUAUCUAGGAUGAUCCGCUGGUCAGAGGAGCGUGGUUCUCUUGCUUUUGUUGGUGGAUCCCAAGGGCACCUGCAUUGCAUAAGUGAUUACUGGAAUACUGAUAGAAAAGAAAGGUCUCUCUCCAUUUGGGUUCUUGAAGACUAUGAUACAGAAGAAUGGGUUCUGAAGCAUAGUGUGAACCUUCUCCAAGUGUUUGGAAGAAUGAUGAUUAGCCAAAUCUCCUCUGAAAUUGAUGCGUUUUUUGGAAGAAUGAAUCGUCAAACCUCCUUUGCCCGUGGUCUGGCCUCUAUUCAUCAUGACUAUGAUGUGGUGACCAUUCAUCCGGAUCGCAAUUUGAUAUUCUUUGUUCAGCACUGGAACCAGAAACUGGUAUCUAUGACAUGAAUAGCAAGGAAGUGUGUGAUCUCCACGCUUUAGGCCAUGGCUAUCAUUCUAUUGCCCCGUAUGUCCCCUAUCUUGCAGAGUCAUCUGUGCUUGCCAAGAAUGGUCUUUGCAGUAAAAGGGAAGGAUACAGGUGGUUGGAAAAUGGGAUAGUAGAGAUUUCCAAGGUGAAAACGGCAAUCUGGAAUUAUUUCACUUCGUAGAGAAUUAAGGUGCUUCUUUGAGUACUAUAUUGUUGGAGAACUGUUAUCUAGAUAUCAAUUAACUAGGAGAGCGCGGCAAAAGGACAAAGAUGCGUUUAAACGAGUCACUUGUCCUUCCAGUGUUCAGUUGUGGUUCAGGGUUGGAGCCAGUUGAAAGAACGUAGGGCGGGAUUUGAAUGCCCCACUCUACACGCAGGAUGUAAGAUGGGGUAGCUGGAUGGGGGUCAUAUUAGUACAUCCCAGCUAAGGAAAAUUAUCAGUCUAGCUUUAUAGUGUGCUGUAUUUACUUAUUUGGGGAUGGAGGAAAAAUAGUACCUUCAAGAAUAAAUUAGUUAUUAUUCCAAAACCAGCUGUUGCUACCUACUAUCAUAUACUUGAAAUUACGGAGCAGAUGGUGAUGGCCUGAUGGAUAAGCUUCAACAAGUGGUCAGGGUGCAGAGGGAAGACACACUCAGCUCAUGUGGUGUUUGUGAAGGUAAUUCUAUCGAAAUACCGUACUGUACCGUAAGUAGCCUUAUUCAGAUGAAUUGUUUUCUAGUUAUUGAGACCCUUGGAGAUCAGAUACUCUGUUUCUUUGUUUGCUAGGAUGUAUACGAAACAUUGUAUGUAAGUAGCCUUAUUUGGAUGAACAGUUCUCUAAUUAUUGAGAUCCUUGGAAACUAGAUAUUUGGUGUUUCUUCGUUUGCUUGUGUGUAAUGUAAUAGUAUGGAUCUGAUGGAGAAUACUAUUA